AUGAAGGGCAAAUCAGCGGCAUUCACCAAACUUCUGCAUGUUAUACAACAACAUGUACAUCAAGAAGAAAACCACUUAGAAGGAGCUGCUGUCCUAGCUCUAGCGCGGCAGGCGCAUCUUCGAGUAGAUCAACAAGGUCAGUACGAAGUCGUCCUCGUCGAGGAGGGUGAUGGUGUUGCGAAGUGGAAAAUGACGAGCACUGAUCUUCUUGUUCUGCAGGAUCUGUACGACCGCGACUACUACUUCGUCAAAAAGAUGAUUGAUGCAAAUCACUACAACUCAGACGACGUCCACCUGCUCCAUGAUUCCGCGCGGCAUUUUCUCGCUGGUGGUUCGAUUUACGACGGUCAAGGCAUGAUCGGCACUGAAGAAAGUUGGGCUGAGGUGUCCAUUGUUGAGAACCUCAUGCUUGCACUGCUUGAGCUCCAGCCCGCUCAACGCGGACGGAACCGUGCGCGCCCGGUGAAACCAGUCUACGGCCGUGGGCGUUCACCGAGGAAGCGCAAAGGGUAUCGACAAGAAACGACUCUGUCGGAAAAAGACUUCUACUAAAAGUCGUCGACAAGACAAGAAACAACUACAACUAGUUGCGUCCUCCAUUGCAACAAGGUGGGAUGCGAGGACUGCGACGAAGACGAUGCUAGCAGCACCAGUCGGCAAUUACGAAGACUCUUGCAUGGCGAGAUGAGUGAAACGAAACUGCGUUCGACGAUGAAAUUUAUCUGUCGUAAUAUCAUGGGAUUGGGAGGAGCUCUUGUAGAAUACUACUACUCCGUCUGAAACUGACUGGAAACAAAUUGUUUCGGGACAACGAUACUAGAAACGAAUGGCUAGAUUCUAUCGGCCACUGGUUAUUGUUCGUGAACGUGAACGACAAGAAUAUCGAGUAGAUUCAUCGAAAAACGCACUAGAUAUAAAGCAUGAUAAAGAUGGUGUAGCAUAGUUUCUGACUUAUGUCAUUAUUUGUAUCAGAAGCACUAGAACUUGAACAAAAACCUGCAGGAAGCUAUCAAUAUGCGCUGAUAAGUACCUAUAAGCGAAGACGAAGUUUAGUACCUUGAAGAAAGUGCUGCUUUUACUAAAAAUGCAACAAGAUAAAUAUUUCGGUUUCUUCUAUAGCAAUAGAACAAGCACAUCACCGAAGCUCAGUGCAAACAAGCACGCUAUUUCCUAAUAGGAGAUGUUUUCCAAAUAAAUAAGCAUUUACUACUUCAGGAUGAGAACAAGAAGACAACUAUUCGCGCAGAAAAAACAAAGGAGAAGACCAUCAACAUACAUAAGAGUUUCUUUUUCUUUAUGAAUGUGCCAUAGCAUCAUGGUGGAUUCAACACAACUGGUUCUUUGUUUUUGAUGAAAGACGUGUAUUUGAUGCUUGCAUGCAUCAUUGAAGGUGACGCAUCGAU